ACCCAUAGCACAGUAGCGGUGGAAGGACAAAGUAACAAUUGCCCACUCAUUGAUUCUUAAAUUUUAAAACUCACCCUAUCCAAAAUUUUCAAAUUAAUCCACCUAAUAAAAUACUUCUUCAAAAGCCAUCCUUUUUUUUUUUAAGAUCCUGUGGAAAUUGAGGGUAUAUAAGAACCGACCAGACACAUAACUCAAGAUGCGAUAACAAAACGGAUCGGGGGCUCGUUGUUAGAGCGAUCGAGAUCGAGUUUGGAAAUCCAUGGAGAGGAGAUCAAUCAGUUUCGGGGAGGUCUUCUUGAUUGUAGUCCUUCUCGUCGGCUGCCCCCGCCGUCUCUACGCUCUGUCCGUCACCGUCAACGACGUGGAGUGCGUCUACGAGUUCGUCGUCUACGAGGGCGACACGAUCUCGGGAAAUUUCGUAGUCGUGGAUCAUGACAUCUUCUGGAACUCCGAUCACCCCGGCAUCGAUCUUAUCGUAACUUCUCCAGCUGGUAACACUGUGCAUUCCUUGAAGGGGACAUCCGGUGAUAAGUUUGAAUUCAAGGCCCCACGAUCUGGAAUGUACAAGUUCUGUUUCCAUAAUCCAAACAGAACACCAGAGACAGUCUCAUUCUACAUUCAUGUAGGGCAUAUUCCGAAUGAACAUGACAUAGCCAAAGAUGAGCAUUUGGAUCCAAUAAAUGUGAAAAUUGCACAGCUUAGGGAAGCACUUGAAUCUGUCACAGCAGAGCAGCGUUAUCUAAAAGCACGAGAACUUCGCCAUCGUCAUACAAACGAGAGCACAAGACGGCGUCUCACUUACUAUACGAUAAUGGAAUACGUUGUGUUGGCUCUCGCAAGUGGGCUUCAGGUUGUUUAUAUCCGACGCCUUUUCAACAAAUCAGUGGGAUAUAACAGGGUCUAGACUUCAAAUGCGGAGGUGGAAAUGAGGACGCGGUUCAUGUAUUUUACUUUAGCAUCUUUUAUAUACCACUUUAACUAGUAACGGUUUGUUUUUGUCGCAAGCAUUUCAUUCGUCAAAGGUUUUGAGGCGGAUGGCGAUAUUUAUUUGUAAUUUGACUGUACAAGGAUAAUUUAUGGGAGGGGUAAACUUUGUUAAAUUAGGGUUCGAAUGAGAAGAUAUUGUAGCAUGUCGAACAAAGCAUACAAACUGUUACGGUAGUUGAUUCAGAAGGAUGACUAUUUGAUUUUAUA